CGGGGGGCGGGCGGGGGGCGAGGCGCGAUCCCGGAGCGGCAAGUGAGCGAAGAGGAGCCGGCGGGCGGCGGCGGGAGCGCGGGGACUUCGGGCCGCCGCGCAGUUCUGCUUUUUUUCCACCGAUCUAACAGACCUGGAGCCAGCAAGACUCAGAGGAAAGGACUUAAUCAGGUUUAUGUGUACUAAAGGUUAUGAAGACAGUAUGGAGUUUCCUGACCACAGUAGACAUUUGCUACAGUGUCUGAGUGAGCAGAGACAUCAGGGUUUUCUUUGUGAUUGCACUGUUCUGGUAGGAGAUGCCCAGUUCCGAGCGCACAGAGCUGUACUGGCUUCAUGCAGCAUGUAUUUCCACCUCUUUUACAAGGACCAGCUGGACAAAAGGGACAUUGUUCAUCUGAACAGCGACAUUGUUACAGCCCCAGCUUUCGCUCUCCUGCUUGAAUUCAUGUACGAAGGAAAGCUCCAGUUCAAAGACUUGCCCAUUGAAGACGUGCUAGCAGCUGCCAGUUAUCUCCACAUGUAUGACAUUGUCAAAGUCUGCAAAAAGAAGCUGAAAGAGAAAGCAACCACGGAGGCAGACAGUACAAAAAAGGAGGAAGACGCCUCAAGUUGUUCAGACAAAGUGGAGAGUCUCUCCGACGGCAGCAGCCACAUGCCAGGAGACUUGCCCAGCGAUGAAGACGACGGAGAAGAUGAAAAAUUGAACAUCCUGCCUAGCAAAAGGGACUUGGCGGCUGAGCCUGGGAACAUGUGGAUGAGAUUGCCCUCAGACUCAGCAGGCAUUCCCCAGACUGGCGGAGAGGCAGAGACGCACACAGCAGCAGCUGGAAAAACAGUAGCCAGCCCCUGCAGCUCAACAGAGUCUUUGUCCCAGAGGUCUGUCACCUCCGUGAGGGAUUCAGCAGAUGUUGACUGCGUGCUGGACCUGUCUGUCAAGUCCAGCCUUUCAGGAGUUGAAAAUUUGAACAGUUCUUAUUUCUCUUCGCAGGACAUGCUUAGAAACAGCCUGGUUCAGGUGAAGGUGGAGAAAGAGGCUUCCUGUGAUGAGAGUGAUGUUGGCACUAAUGACUAUGAUAUGGAACAUAGCACUGUGAAAGAAAGUGUGAGCACUAAUAACAGGGUACAGUACGAGCCGGCCCACCUGGCUCCGAUGAGGGAAGAUUCGGUCUUGAGGGAGCUAGAUAGAGAGGACAAGGCAAGCGAUGAUGAAAUGAUAACUCCAGAGAAUGAGAGAGUCCAGGUGGAAGGAAACAUGGACAGCAGCUUGCUCCCUUACGUGUCAAACAUACUUAGCCCCGCUGGCCAAAUUUUCAUGUGUCCUCUCUGCAACAAGGUCUUUCCUAGCCCCCACAUCCUGCAAAUUCAUUUAAGCACGCACUUUCGAGAGCAGGACGGGAUCCGCAGCAAGCCUGCUACCGAUGUCAAUGUCCCGACCUGCUCGUUGUGUGGUAAGACUUUUUCUUGCAUGUACACCUUGAAACGUCAUGAGAGGACUCAUUCAGGUGAAAAGCCCUACACUUGCACCCAGUGUGGGAAGAGCUUCCAGUACUCCCACAACCUGAGCCGCCACGCAGUGGUUCACACGCGGGAGAAGCCUCAUGCUUGUAAGUGGUGUGAACGCAGGUUCACACAGUCCGGAGACCUUUACAGACACAUUCGGAAGUUUCACUGUGAGUUGGUGAACUCAUUGUCUGUCAAAAGCGAAGCACUGAGCUUACCUACUGUCAGAGACUGGACCUUAGAAGAUAGCUCACAAGAACUUUGGAAAUAAAAUUUUUAUAUAUAUAAAUAAUAUAUAUAUAAAUCUAUAUAGUUGUGGUACAGUCUAAAAGCAAUCUUGUUUCCUUGAACUGAAAGUUUGGCUAUUAGCUUGUUUUUUGCACUUUAAGGCAGCAUGAAUAUUUCACUAAUUUAGCACUCCAAUAAAAAUGAACUGUAGAGGUAAUCCGACAAAGUAACUAAUUGCGGAGCUUAUUUUUCCCCCUUUUCGGAAUAGAAGCCAGCGGAUACUUUACUUCCAAGGAAUCUCCAAUUAAAAAAAAAUUUGGACGUGGCUUUAUUCUCCCCAAAACACUGCGUUCUUUUAAACUCUUGAUCUUUUUCCCCUCUUAAAAUCUGAAUGUAGAAAUCCUCUCCCAAUUUUAUCAGUUCCUUUACAUUUCUAUAAUUGCAUGAGUCCUUUCUAGCUGUUGGAAACCUGAAUGCUUUUAGACCCAAAUGGAAAAUUUCUGAAAUGCUGGAUUAUCUAUUUUUAAACAAGCGGUUGACUUAAAACUUAUUAUGGCAACUUCUGGAUUUCUGACAGUUCCCACUGGAAAAAAAAAAAAAAACAAAAAAACACAAAAAAACCAACACAAAAACAUAAAACAAAAACCCUGAGAGUACACUGGGAUCACUGGGACUCUGUCUUACGUGAAGGUUUGCUUGGGAUGAAAAAGGAUAUUGCAGCUUCAGCAGUGAUGAACUGUGUGUUUAAAAAAUGUGAAUUACUGUUAUUGUAUACUGUAAUUGAUUACAUGGGCCGGGGGGAGGUAUCAAAGAACUUGGCAGGUUGUGUUGAUGCUCUUAGUUGAGUCUUGAAAAGUAAAUAUUAACGCUACAGAAAUGCAUGAUUUUCAGUAUAUUUUUGUCUUUGUUUGCAUUGUAUAACUUUAACGAGUGAGUUGAAAAUUAUUUAAUUUCCUUAGGAAAAAAACCUGACACCGUUGAAAAUGCCAGUGUUAUGAAGACGAGAAAUGCACUGUUUUUAUUUUAUCUAAUUUAAAUUUACUUUCCCACUGUCUUUAAGUUGAGAAGAACUUAAGCUACGAGUUGCCGAUUUGGCUACGUUAACAAGGAAAAAAAAAAUUGAAUGUUUACAACCGGGCUUCGAGAUUUGCAUGUGCGGUGUGCAUUUACUAACCCCAGACCCCUUCUAAUUGCACAGACCCCACGCCAGCUCCAACGGAGGUGCGUCCAUUUCCCCAGAUGAGCAUUUGUAGGAUUCCUGCUGCACCACUCCACCACAAUAGGUCGUUCUUUUUUUUUUUUUUUUUUUUUUUUUCUUUUUUUUUUUUUUUUUUUCCCCCGUUGAAAAGAGGCUGUGGACUGAAAAAAAAAAAAAAAAAAAAAAGGCAAAAAAAGCCCCGGGCUGAAAGGCCUGGGCAGGCCUGAGUGACAGGGGGGGCCAGGGGGGCCGGGGAAGGACUAUGCGUAUCCAAGCAGCAGAGACUGCAGCCUGACGUGUGGUUUUAAUGACCAACACGCAGGUCAAAAGCAUUUUGCACAGUGUUUGUUUUCCUGUCUUGCACUUACAAAUAAGGUCUAUGGGAGUAGCAUGGAAAACGUUUGCUGUUUUUUCCUUUUUUUUUUUUUUCCUUUUUUUUUUUUUUUUUCUCUGCUUUUGUUUAAAAUUUGAUCGCCUUAACUACUGUAAACAUAGCCUAUUUUUGUGCUUAAGAUACUGAAUGGAAAACUCCAUUGUGUAUUGCUGGACUGUUUUGGAAAUAUUUGGUCAAAUGUGUGUUAAUUUGGCUGUAAUGGCAUUUAAAACAAAAAAAAAAAAGCUGUGAAAAUGGCCUUGGAGCGUUAUCUUUAGUUACUUGAAUAGUUUCUAGGUUUAAAACUACAUUCUUUUCUUAAGUUAGAAAAGACAAUCAGUGUCUGAGGAAAAUGGACUUUCUCUUGGAUUUUUUUGUGGUCCUCGUGAGUGAUUGCUUUUUUCCUUUCCUUAGUUUCACAUUCUUCUUUUGUUCUAAAACUUAGACUGACAUCUAGCUUUGACAAUCAUAGUAUGUUUUAUUUUCCUGAGGAGGGAAUAACUUAUAAUGCUGUUUAGUUUUGUACUAUUGGUGUGUUGGUGAAUUUUUAAACUGUGUGCUAACUGCAAUAAAUUAUAUGAACUGA